ACCGAGCAGCAUGAGAACUUCAGGAAACAACAGACUGAGAAAAUAAAGGACCAAGAAAUCAGUUCCAAGGUGUAUUUCCUGAAGCAGACGGUCAGUAACUCCUGUGGGACAAUUGGUCUGAUACAUGCAGUUGCUAAUAAUAAAGACAAAGUGAAGCUUGGUGAGGGGUCUGCCCUGAAGAAGUUUCUUGAUGAAACAGCUGAUCUGUCUCCUGAAGAGAGAGCUAAGCAUUUUGCAAAUAAUAAGGCUAUACAAGAAGUCCACAAUUCGGUCGCACAAGAAGGACAAUGUCGGGUUGAGGACAACAGUUUGAACUUCCACUUUAUCCUGUUUGUCAAUGUGGAUGGACAUCUGUAUGAAUUGGAUGGGCGUAUGCCAUUUCCUGUAAACCAUGGCACAAGCUCAGAUGACUUGCUAUUGAAGGAUUCUGCUAAGAUCUGUAGACAAUUUACAGAACGUGAAAAAGGAGAAGUUCGUUUUUCUGCUGUGGCUUUCUGCAAGUCUGCCUGAGACUCUGAAGAGAUGCAAGGAAAGCAGUCUAAUAGCACACCAGUAAAUGCAGUCUAAACUCCAGUGCUUCAGUACUUGUUAAAUACAGCUGUUCUGGUAACUUAAAUUGUUUCCACCUUUUGCUAUACACAGGAGCAACAUUGGCUGAGCUUAUGCUAAAGGAUGAGCUCAAGUUUUAAUGUGAACAGUUCGGACACAUCAGAUGUCUUUAGACUCUUUUUUCACAUGUUAAGUAGAAAAUGCUUAACAGGGCUUGUUUAAUCUGUGUCAUGUUAAUUGAGCUGUUGGUUGGUAUUUCCUUGUCCUUAAUGAGAAUAAAUUUGUUCUGCUGGAAGACUAAA